AUGAUGAACGCUGAGGUUGAACUUGAUGAGAAAAAUUCAAAAAUACUUUUAACGACCAAAACUGUGAAAUUCUCUUAUACUUGGUUGGGGUUGCAUAAAGGUGUUCACGUUCGUCGAUUAUUGUCAACGCAUUUUAGUGGUAGAUGGCAAAGUUAUGCUCAUACGGUAGCAUACUGUGGAAUGUGUACAUUUCAAACGCUCAUCUACAUGUCCACAAUGUGUUGGCUUGCUUAUUCAGCAUACGCACUUGACACGAACGCGCAGCUGUAUGAUCAAGUGCAUCAUAACGCAGCUGACGCAGUGCUCUUGCUGACUACCGGUGAAGCACUCUCAAUGAUGGGGACAGUGCUCACUGGUGUUCUUGGGCUUGUCGGGUGUUGCAGAGGAUUCGGACGUCUUCUUCAUGCACUAGAGAACAUGAUCGCCGAGCGACAACGUUCACUAGAAGCGGUUGGAAUUCCUGCAGGCUUGAGACGUCGUGAGUAUGGUGUAUAA